AUGGUGAAGUAUUUCUCGUGGAUCCUGAACAACAUGACGAUCAACCAGGACAUGAACGACUACGAGCGCAUGGUCGUGGAGCCGUGCCUGAGGACGGCGCAUCCUGACGCGGAGAAGAAGAUCGGAUCGGGGAUCAAAGCAUUUCAGAUCCGCACGCACCCGGAGCACGAGACGCGGUGUUACACCGUCAUUCGCACGGACGGCACGACCGAGGACUUCUCGUACCGGAAGUGCGUGGAGGUGCUGUUCCCCGGGUACACCCCGAACGCGCCGAAGAACAGCGGAGGCAGGGGGGGCGGCCGCGGCGGGGGCGGCCGCGGAAGAGGCGGCGGCGGCCGCGGAAGAGGCGGCGGCGGUCGCGGUGGAGGCGGCCGCGGCGGCGGCGGGCGCGGCGGGCGCGGUGGUGGACGCGGCGGGCGCGGGGGUGGACGCGGCGGGCGCGGGGGUCGCGGCCGCGGCGGGCGCAAGUAG